CACUUUUAAAAAGAAAACAUCUUCUGAUAACGAUGUAUCUGUAACUAGUGUAUCAGUAGCUAAAACGCCUGUGUUAAGUGAUAAAGAUAUUAAUGUUGUCGAGGCCUUUUCCUUCAGUGAGCCUUUACCCCACGCCUCGAGUCAGCAGACUAGGCUCCAUGACUUCUUUAAAAAUGCUCCAGAGGAUCAGCAGACCGCAAGAGGUGGUUCAAAACCAUCAUCACCAGAUUUGUUGCAGACUCCACGGGAAGUUUUAUGUACUGCCCAAAACACACGAGCUAUAAGGGAGUCCCAUGAUGUUGCUUUCAAGAAAUUAGAGUUCAGUUCUUCAACAGAUUCUUUAAUUACCAUCAAUGAUUGGGAUGAUAUGGAUGACUUUGAUAUUUCUGGAAAUUCAAAAGCAUUUGUUACACCACUUAAAACUCACAACAUAAGAGUAAGCACUGCUCAGAAAUCAAAAAAGGAUAAGAGAAACUUUUUUAAAUCACAGCUUCGUAAAGCAAAUACAGUAAAGGCUGACUUGACUCCCUCCUCUGCCGAAAGCAAGCAAGUGGAUUUGACUAAGGAAGAACAGGAUGACUCAGAAUGGUUAAGCAGCGGUGUGAUUUGCAUCGACGAUGACCCCAUUUCCAAAGGGCUUAUAAAUGAAGAGACUCAGGAAAGUCACUCUUCAAAAACUCGUUUAGGAGAUGAAAGAGAUAAUAGAGAAAAGAAGAAAAGUUUGGAAGAAACUGAAUUACACUCAACUGAGAAAUCUCCAUGUAUUGAGCUUGAUGAGGAUGAUUACGAUAGAGAUUUUAUUCCACCUUCUCCAGAAGAAGACGUUAUUUCUGCCACUUCUUCCUCUUUAAAAUGCUUUAGUAUGGUAGAAGACCUUGACACCUCCGACAGAAAGAAGGAUGUUCUUAGCACAUCUAAUGACCUUUUAUCAAAACCUGAGAAAAUGACUGCUCAGCAGCCUAAUCAAGCAACCAGCACAGACUGUGACGCUAAACAGUUAAGUUUACAACAGCAGCUUAUUCGUGUGAUGGAGGACAUCUGUAAAUUAGUUGAUACUAUUCCUGAUGAUCAACUGGAAGCUUUGGAUUGUGGGAAUGAACUGCUUCAGCAGCGGAACAUAAGAAGGAGACUCCUUGCUGAUGUGGAUUUUAACAGAAGUGAUGCUGGUUUUCUUGACUCACUGUGGAGAUGUAGACCUAAUUUACUUGAUAACUCUGUGGAAGGUGCGGCAUUUUCACAGGGUGAUUUCUGUCCUACAGAGAAUUCUGUUAAGGAGUUAAACUUCCCACACCUUCCUUCAAAUUCCAUUUCCACUGGGGAAUGUUUACCGACUGCUACCCCAGGAAAGACAGGAUUCUCAGCCACCACUAAGAAUCGCUUUGAAAGACCGCUAUUCAGUUCCCAUUUACAGAGGUCCUUUGUAAGUAGCAGCUGUGCUGAAACACCAGGGAGAGAAGAAAGAAAUGGAAGCUCUUAUUUCCCAGGCAAUGUUCUCACAAGCACUGCUGUGAAAGAUCCCAGUAAACACGCUGCUUCAACAAAUGACUUAGAAAGAAGAGAGGUUUCAGAAAUCCAGGCUUCCUAUGAUAUUGAUCAUUUUGACAUAGAUGACUUUGAUGAUGAUGAUGACUGGGAAAAUAUAAUGCAGAAUUUAACAGCCAGCAAAUCUGCCACAGCUGCCUAUCCACCUAUUAAGGAAGGGCGGCCAAUUAAAUCUGUAGCCGAAAGAAUUUCUUCAGCCAAGACAAACUGUCUUCCAGUGGCAUCUGCUGCUCAAAAUAAAAACUUCUCAGAAUCAACUCAAAAUUACACGGACAAGGCUGAGCAAAAUUUUACACCCAGAAAUCUGAAACACAAGCAUUUCCAAAGUCUCAAUUUUCCUCAUACAAAAGAAAUGAUGAAGAUUUUUCAUAAAAAAUUUGGCCUGCAUAAUUUUAGAACUAAUCAGCUGGAAGCGAUCAAUGCUGCACUGCUUGGUGAAGACUGUUUCAUCUUAAUGCCCACUGGAGGUGGUAAAAGUCUGUGUUACCAGCUCCCUGCCUGUAUUUCUCCUGGGGUCACUAUUGUCAUCUCUCCCUUGAGAUCACUAAUAGUGGAUCAAGUCCAAAAGCUGACUUCCUUAGAUAUUCCCGCUACAUAUCUGACAGGUGAUAAGACUGACUCAGAAGCUACAAGUAUUUACCUCCAAUUAUCAAAAAAAGACCCAAUUAUAAAACUUCUAUAUGUUACUCCAGAGAAGGUCUGUGCAAGCAACAGGCUGAUUUCUACUCUGGAGAAUCUGUAUCAGAGGAAGCUCUUGGCACGUUUUGUUAUUGAUGAAGCACAUUGUGUCAGUCAGUGGGGACAUGAUUUUCGUCCAGAUUACAAGAGAAUGAAUAUGCUUCGCCAGAAGUUUCCCUUGGUCCCGGUGAUGGCUCUUACUGCCACAGCUAAUCCCAGGGUACAGAAGGACAUCCUCACUCAGCUGAAGAUUCUCAAACCUCAGGUGUUUAGCAUGAGUUUUAACAGACAUAAUCUGAAAUACUAUGUAUUACCAAAAAAACCUAAAAAGGUGGCAUUUGAUUGCUUAGAAUGGAUCAGAAAGCAUCACCCACAUGACUCAGGGAUAAUUUAUUGCCUCUCCAGGCGAGAAUGUGACACAGUGGCUGACACAUUACAGAAAGAUGGUCUUGCUGCUCUUGCUUAUCAUGCUGGCCUCAGUGAUUGUGCCAGAGAUGAAGUACAGCACAAGUGGAUUAAUCAGGAUGGCUGCCAGGUUAUCUGUGCAACAGUUGCAUUUGGAAUGGGGAUUGACAAGCCGGAUGUGCGAUUUGUGAUCCAUGCGUCUCUGCCUAAAUCCGUGGAGGGUUACUACCAAGAAUCUGGCAGAGCUGGAAGAGAUGGGGAGAUAUCUCACUGCCUGCUUUUCUAUACCUAUCAUGAUGCGACCAGACUGAAAAGACUUAUAUUGAUGGAAAAAGAUGGAAACCAACAUACAAAAGAGACUCACUUCAAUAAUUUGUACAGCAUGGUACAUUAUUGUGAAAAUAUAACAGAAUGCAGGAGAAUACAGCUUUUGGCUUACUUUGGUGAAAACGAGUUUAAUCCUCAUUUUUGUAAGAAAUACCCAGAUGUUUCUUGUGAUAAUUGCUGUAAGACAAAGGAUUUUAAGACAAGAGAUGUGACUGAGGAUGUGAAAAACAUUGUAAGAUUUGUUCAAGAACAUAAUUCGUCACAAGGAAUGAGAAAUAUAAAACAUGUAGGUCCUUCUGGAAGGUUUACUAUGAAUAUGUUGGUUGACAUUUUCCUGGGUAAGUCAUCUGUUUCUUUGAGUUACAUUAAUUGAAAUUGAACAUCUAAUUCAUUACAUGUACAUAGAAUAAAUUAUCUAUUUUGUCUAUUUCUUAUAGAACUUAAUAUGAGUUUCAGCAUAAAACCUUUUGCAUAACAAAAGAAAAUCUAUUUUUAUUAAUUAUGCCAGUUAUUUUAUAAAAUCAACAUGUCACUGAGAUGAGAAAUGUUCACACACAACAAAGAAAAUAUUAAAGCAUAUACAAUUUAAUCUGAGUGAGCAGACUGUAACUUGCUUGGAGAGCUACCUGUUGACUGACUUCCAGUUCAGGAUAGCAGCCUGAGCAUACGUAUGUCUUCUCUUUUU